CCGGGGACCUUCCGUGAGCGUUGAUAUGAUUGGCCGGAGAAGUUUAGCCCUCUUUUCCUCCUGGCUGCUUGAAGAUCAGCCGCCAUCAUGAACGACACAGUAACUAUCCGGACUAGGAAGUUCAUGACCAACCGACUGCUUCAGCGGAAACAAAUGGUCAUUGAUGUUCUUCACCCUGGAAAGGCAACAGUACCUAAAACAGAAAUUCGGGAAAAACUGGCCAAGAUGUACAAGACCACACCAGAUGUCAUCUUUGUGUUUGGAUUCAGAACCCAUUUUGGUGGUGGCAAGACCACUGGCUUCGGCAUGAUUUACGACUCCUUGGAUUACGCGAAGAAGAACGAGCCCAAACACAGGCUUGCGAGACAUGGCCUGUAUGAGAAGAAAAAGACCUCAAGAAAACAGCGAAAGGAACGCAAGAACAGAAUGAAGAAAGUCAGGGGGACUGCAAAGGCCAAUGUUGGUGCUGGCAAAAAGAAGAAAUGAAGUGUCUAGCAGUGAGCUGGAGAUUGGACAACAGAAAGAUUAUGCAGACUUAAUAUGGACCAGGUUACUAAUGUUCGUUCUGCAUGAGUGUCAUUAAUUUUGGAGUUUGUUGAAGACUUUGUACUGUUAAUUUUUAAAGGCUUUAAAAGGUAGUUGCUAACUAAAUUUCUUUUUUCUUUGAUUCACAGAAGGAGUAAAGAUUCUGCAGUGACUGUAUCUGUGGUGCUUGUGCAGAUUUUUCAUGAAAGAAUAAACUAAGACCUUUUCCAUG